AUGAAAGAUCUCGCUGGCCCUUCGACCCGCCGUCGAAAACGUUUACUCCUCUCCACUGAUAGCGCAUUCGUCGACAACGUACUCCCCUCCUUGGUGCGGAAUCCGGACAUCGAACUACGAUUGAUCACCGAUGAGCCCUCGGCGCUGCUCUCGAGCGCCAGCAAGGUCCCGCAUUACAUGGAUACGGUGGAUAGCCAGACCUUCGAGAAGAAAACGGGCGCGCGGAAAUGGUUGAAGGCCAAGGCGGCGGAGCUGUGCGACUGGGCGGAUAUGCUCCUGGUCGCGCCGAUCGAUGCGGGCGCGCUGGGUUCCAUGCUGUCGGGCUUGACCAACACCCUCACGCUGGCGCUGCUCCGGGGCUGGAUGUCGUCGAAACCCGUGGUGCUCAUCCCCGGCAUGACCGUGUCGGAAUGGAGCCAUCCGCUCAGCAAACGGCAGCUCUGGGAGGUGCGGCAGUAUUGGUCCUGGAUCAAGAUCGUCACGCCGGUGCUGUGGAAGCCCGGAGAUACGGAAGAAUUGAUACAAUUGCCCUGGGAUGGAUUGAAGGUUCUCCACGACACGAUUGAACAGACCCUGAAACUAUCUUUCUCGGAAACACAUCCUACUUCCGGCCAACCUUCAGAUAAUUCGAGCGGACCGCCAGAAACGACGCAGACGGGGGAUGUGCCCUCAGCCAUGUCGCGACACCUGCUAUAUCGCCUGAAUAAGACCGAACAUGGCCCGCGCUCAUUACCGAUGGAGCUCUGGUUGAAUAUCUUCGAGGACCAGCUACACGACUGGGAGAUCGCCAAGGCCGUGGGCAUCCCCACGAACCUCCCCGUGCCCAAAGAAUGGCAGAAUCACCUGCUGAAAAUGUCCACACCGGCCUCGCUCGAAUACACCAUCCUGCGAGGAUCCUUCGCGGCGAUCAAGAAGCGCAUCGACAGCCUCCCGCGCUGGAAACCCCUCUCCGAUCUCUCCCUUCACCUCAUCUUCAAAUUCUCCCGAACCGACAUCCUCUCCUACCUCAUUGAGAAACAGCAUGACCUCCUCUGGACGACCUCUCUCCUCAGCGUCCUUCCCUACCGUGCCUCGGCCAUCUACGGCAACCCCAACCUCCUGACGUGGUGGCGCGACGCCCCCGACCUCCCGAACAAAGACUACACCACCGAUGCAAUGGACGGCGCCUCGCGGGCCGGCUUCGUCAACGUGCUGGAGUGGUGGCGCACCUCCGGCCUGGAACUGCGGUACACGGAGCGCGCCCUCGAGGCCGCCAGCGCCGAGGGCCAAGUCGCCGUGCUGGACUGGUGGAAGCGCGCCUCCUCCACCCCUUCGGCCUCCUCAAACCCCGUCCUCGCCAGUGGCCGCCGCAACCGCAUCCCGCUGAAGGUCGGCAAAUCCGUGCUCCUGGCCGCCCAGUCCGGCCGCACCGCCUCCCUGGCCUGGUGGGACGCCUCGGGGAUCCCCUACACGCACGGCGAGUCGGUCGCCCGCAUCGCCAGCACCCACGGCCACGUGCACGUCCUGGAAUUCUGGCACCGGCUCAAGGGCGCCAAGAUGAUCUUCGACAGCCAGGUCCUGGUGGGCCCCACCAAGAACGGCCACGACGCCGUCCUGGAGUGGUGGCGCCGCAGCGGCCUGCGCGUCGAGUUCAAGACCUGCGACAUCGAGGAGGCGCUCGAGGACGCCGACCCGGUCUCCGGCGCCGAGCAGCGCGUGCGCACCUGGUGGGCGCGCAACGGGUUGAACCUCGGCGUGGGCACGAGUGAGUGGAUGAAGACGAAGGUGCUCUAG